AGACAUAAAAGAACACAUACUGGAGAGAAACCCUAUGAAUGUAAUCAAUGUGGUAAAGCCUAUUCAGAAGAGAGAACUCUCCAAUAUCACAAAAGAACACAUACUGGUGAGAAACCUUAUGAAUGUAAUCAGUGUGGUAAAGCCUUUGUAACAUCCAGUCACCUCCAAUAUCAUAAAAGAACACAUACAGGAGAGAAACCUUAUGAAUGUAAUCAGUGUGGUAAAGCCUUUGCAAGACCCAGUCACCUCCAACAUCAUAAAAGAACACAUACUGGAGAGAAACCUUAUGAAUGUAAUCUGUGUGGUAAAGACUUUCCAUAUCAGACUAGUCUUCAAAGUCAUAAAAGAACUCAUACUGGAGAGAAACCUUAUGAAUGUAAUCAAUGUGGUAAAGCCUUUUCAUAUCAGAGUAAUCUUCAAAGACAUAAAAAAAUACAUAGUAGAGAGAAACCCUAUGAAUGUAAUCAAUGAGGUAAAGCCUAUUCAGAAGAUAGACCUCUCCAAUAUCAUAAAAGAGCACAUACUGGAGAGAAACCUCAUGAAUGUAAUCAAUGUGGUGAGAGAAACCUCAUGAAUGUAAUCAGUGUGGUAAAGCCUUUGCAACACCCAUUCAUCUCCAAAGCCAAAAGAAUAUAUAGUAGAUAGAUACCCUAUGAAUGUAAUCAAUGUGGUUAAAUCCUAUUCAGAAGAGAGAACUCUCCAAUGUCAUUAAAGAAUAUAUACUGGGGUAAAACCUUAUGGAUGUAAUCAAUGUGGAAAAUCUGUUCACAAACUUAUCAUCUCCAAAAACAUAAAAAAAAAAAGCAUAUUGGAGAGAAACUUUAUGAAUGUAAUCCGUGUGCUAUAAAGCCUUUGCAUGUCCCAUUAGUCUCCAAAACAUAAAAGAUCCUAUAGUGGAUGGAAACCUCAUGAAUAUAUUCAAUGUAGUAAAGACAUUUCAAAACUUUGGUCUCCAUUUUUAUAAAAGAACACAUACAGGGAAAAAUCUUAUGAAUGUAAUCAGUGUUGUAAAGCAUUUGCAAAUCAUAAUUAUCUGCAACCACAUAAAGGAUCACAUACAAGAGAGAAACUGCAUGAAUGUUAUCAGUAUGGUCAAGCCUUUGUAUGUCAUAAUUCUUUACACAUACACAAGAGAAAGCACACUGGACAGAACCCUUGUUAAUGCAAUCACUGUGUAUUGGCAAUUCACUCUGAUCUGCAAGGACAUAAUACAAUGCAUUCAAGAGAGUUACCCUGUGAAUGUAAUCAGUUUGUUAACACUGAUUAUAUUCAUUGUAAUGUAAUCACAUUAUACAUUGUAGUUGAUCUCUACAAACAUCAAAGAACACGUACUGUAGAGAAACUGCAUGAGUGUUAUGAAUAAGAUAAACCCUUUGUAGGACACAGUCAUCUCCAAAUAAACAAAAGGAAAUGUGCAGGAGAUAAAUAAACCUUACGAAUGUAAUGAAUGUGAUAAAGCCUGUGCAUAUUGCAGUCUUCUCCAAAUACAUUAAUGACCACAUAGUGGAGAGAAGCCCUAUGUUUGUAAGGAAUGUGGUAAAGCCUUUGCUUGUCACUGUGCUCUCCAAACAUUUAAAGGAACACACUCUUUAGAGAAACCUUAUGAAUGUAAUGAAUGUGGAAAAGCCUAUUGCAUCCCCCCUACUACUUGGCUUGAAAACAGGCUCUUCCUGGCUGCAUUCUUAUGAAGUUUCAAAAUUCUCAGCUCUUUCUCCAGCAUUAUGCAGCCAUGCUUCCUGCUAUGAUGGAAAUGGACUAGAUAUUUGGAACUGUAAGCCAGGCCCAUUUAAAUAUUUGCCACUAUAAGAUUUGCCUUGGUCACAGUGUCUAUUUUUUGCAAUGUCAUUUCUAUCUAAGACAGAAGUUGGUACCCCAGUCUUAAGUAUUGCUAUGAUAGUCCUAUGUAUUUGUUUGGAGCAAUGUGGAUUUUUAGACUUUGGAUUUGUACAUGCGUUAUGUAGUUCCAUCCUAGUAGGACUAUGGAACACGUGUAAUGAGGGUGGUUUGAACUUUGUAUAUAGUUUUUAAUAUAUUUUG